GAUUGGAUCUAGUUUUCACCUGUGCGCUCUACCAUGUAGCCAGCACACCUUAGGGCGGGAAACUGUGCUGGUCUGUUUGUAAUAACUCUUCCUCCUUUCCUGCACUAAGAACACAUUUCUUUGCCCGCUGGGUGUAACGCUCCUCCGAGGCAACGGCCCUCAGGCUCAGGAAAGCCUCUGGCGGGAUACAUUCAGAGGAUCUGCGACAGAACAGUGAGAUUUGCGUGCGGAGACCUCUAAGAUGCAACUGGACUCAAAUGAAAAGGCAAUGAAAGCGUUCGUAAUACGCCUCCCGGUGGUUUGGGCUACAGCAGAGGAAGAGGGCUGUCCCUCCGGAAUGUGUAUUUAGACGAUUCCACACGGCGUGUUCAAAUGGGGUGGGGGUGGGUUGACUCGAGAUUCCGUUCUCAGUGAAAGCACCGCCCUUCCGCAAGCUGCGAUCUUCGGGACAGCGAUGAGCUUCUGCUAGGAACCGAAGCCGAGGAUUCGGCGGCCGGGGUUCCGCCCCAGGCCUUCCCCUCCGGAAAGCCGCGCGAUGGCCGAAGGCAUCCUCCUCCUGACGGAAUCCAGCUCCGAGGGAGAAGCCGAGGGAGGGUAUUGCAGGGCUCGCCGCCGGCGCCAGCUCAAAAGAAAGCGGAGGCGGCGCUGCCUGCAGGCAGCCUCGGAGGUGAUUGAUCUGACUGGAGAUGAUCUGGUUGGGAAAACAGCUGUGUACCAUGACUUUGGUGUAAUCGAUUUGACACAGACUGAAGAUACAAUGGUCAGCCCUCUUCGCAAUGGUGGCUAUGUUUCUCUAGAUCUAAUACACUCGACUCCAGCCAGCAUACAGCCUGUAUACUCUCCUAAAAUACUCACCACUCUGAAAGAUACUGAAAGGACUCUUGAGAUGUCACUUGACUUGUGGGAAAGGAAACAACCAUCCCCCAAGGAAGAUGCCAUCCAACCAGCCUGUUUUCAAGGCAGCUUUGCCCUUGUCCCUAGUUACAGUGGGGACUCUGAAAGCAGUAGCCAUACCACUUACAACAGUGAUUUAGGAUCUUUGGGGAGUCCACAGCUGGGCUCAGAUGUUUUCUCUAUCUCUUCAGCCAAUGGUAGCAGUGAACAUGAAACAUUCCAGGACUCUGUAGAAGAUGAUCCUAGUAGCUGUCCACCUGCAGGAGAUCUUAACCCCCAGCUUUCUCUUCCUGAUCAGAGACACUCUCCAAACUCCCUCUUUUCCCAGUGUCCUCUGAAUGCCACAACAACUCCAACAGAAGAUGACCAGUUUAUGGUAGAGACAAAUAGCUCAACAUCAGGUGCUGUAAAGCCAGAUGCUCAGGAACCAACUCAGCAGAUUGACAUCAAAAUCUGGAUGAAAACAUUGCUGUAUUUCCCUGGGGUGCCUGUACAUCACCCCUUCCUCCACAACGUAGUAUGUGAAAAGGAUGCCAUACAGAACAAGCAACAGAAAGCCCAGCCUAUACCAUCCCGUAGAUUGAGCAUGGUAUCCAACACUAUAGAGGAGAACUUCUUCCGGGGGACCUUGGAUUUCCUCAUGGAUUAUGUAUCCUCCAAGUACUAUCCUCCCAAAAAGACUAUGCAGAUUGUGGUCAGACAGAUUUUGCUGAGCUCAGAAGUACAACAAGAGAUACUGAGAGAUGCCUACAUGCUGAUGAUGAAAAUCCAGGCACUUCAUCCCGCAAAAGCUGAUACAGUGGUAUGGGACUGGGACCUGCUGCAUGAGGUCAUGACAAAGCAGGAAGAAAAGUUUCCUGGACGACUCCUGUUCUUGAAUUACGUGAUCCAGACUUUGGAGGAUGACUUCCAAACAGCAGCCAGACAAGGCAUUCUGCACAAAUCCAUUGCCAAGAAAAUGCUUUCCUGUGACCAGUGCUUCUGCAACGUAAAGGAACUGAUUGAUUGGCUUGUAGCUGCGGUCACUGGAACAAGAUUUUCCCAGCACAGAGAUCUACAGGCAGUAUGUCCUUUGUCAGAAAUAUCAGAGGACAAGAACAGCAUUUCUGUACCAGAACAUUUAGCCAAAACUGCACAAACAGAAAAUCUCUCUCUACAGUUUCAGUUUCAGAGGGAGGUGGCACUUCUCCAGAGGAUGCUUUCUAUAGCUGUAGAAGUGGACAAGUCUCCAAACUGCAGUGUCAAUAAGAUUGCAGAUGUGGUAUUUCCAUCAGUGCUGAAUAUUCCCAAGCGCUGCCAGAGGGAAGCUUUCCUAAGCACUAUGGAAUGUCAUCUUCUGCGCUGUAAAGUGCUGGAGCUCAUUUUUCACCACAGCUGUAACAAACCUAGUUGUAACAAACCUAUCCAUCUGCCCUUGUCUAUGGAAAAGAUCUUGUAUUUUCUGAUGCACCUUUCUCUGCCGAUGCAAUACCAGAUUCUCUGUUCACAGGACAAUGAAGCAACAUGGCAGAGAUGGGAUGAGAUGCUUUACCAGCUUAAUUUACUGGUGCUGAGUUAUCACAGAAUAGUCCUUGGACACUUAAGGAGCUCAGUGUGUGAACGGAUCAAUUUGAUUAUCAGAGCUGCCAAACCUAAACUACAGUCACAUGAUUCCAUCCCAGAUGCAGAUGUCAGGAUAAAUAGUUUCCAGAAACAGCUUUUGCAAACUCUGGGACAACCACUUCCCUCACCUAUCAAAGAAAAGAUUGAUCUACUCAGAGUAUUGUUUCAUACUGCUACAGAUAUUUAUAGAACUUUUGAGCACUUUGAUGGACCUCCUGGGGAUUAAAGUAGCAGAGCAAUAGUUCUUCCAUUCUAGAGAAUCCUCACUACAAACACAACCUCUUUUUUUAUAUUCAGGUAAUGCUUUAUACCACUAGCCCGCGGGCAGCACAACCAGUUAUACAAGUUUAUUUUAGACUUCUGUAAUACGGAUUUAACAGUGUUUUUGUUCCCAUUUCAGUUUUGUACAGGUUUUUUUGUAAUAAAUUAUUUCACUAAGGUCA